GACAGAGUGCAGAGGAGGAGAGAAGAGGGAGGGACUGAGAGCAGGACUUCACUCUGCCUUCAGCUGCACAGCUCAGUGUCCCACCUUGCUCCAGAGACAGACACACAAGAUAAAUACACACAGACAUAUAUUUGCAUAGACUGAACUCUGGUAGACAGGGACACAGAUUGAUAAAGACACACAUUCUAUACAUACAGAGACAAACAAGAACUCAGACAGACAGACAGACAGACAGACAGGUGGUGUCAUGGCGUCAGUGGACAGCACUGGUUCGAGUGUCUCCGGACGGCUGAGAUCAGGGGAUCUACUUCAUGCUGGUCUGGCAGUUGCACUGCUGCUCGGUGUAUGGAGUGUUGGUGGACUGGAGGUGUCGACAGGGAAAGUUUCCUCAAUUGAAGCAAUGAAUGGCUCCACAGUCCUGCUGCCCUGCACCUACUCCUCCUGUAUUGGCAUUAAAAACCUCUACUUCAACUGGCACUAUAAUGACAAUGGAAGCAUGAUCAAGCUAUGCGAGGCGGUGAUUCCUGUCGAGGGCGUGGAGCCCAAGGUCAGUGUGUACCAUGACCGUGUGGAGUUUGUUGGCUCCUCAAAGAGCAACAACAUCUCCAUCCUGCUGUGGAACAUCACCUUUGAAGAUGAGGGAGAAUAUAUCUGUUUCGCCAGAAACCCAAAAGAGAAGAGCCGCAACCACAGUGCUAUCUUCACUCUUAUAGUGGUGGACCAAAUGAAAGAAGUUGACAAUACUUUGACAGUCAUCAUUGUCUCAGUGCUGGGCGGAGUCAUUGGCUUAGUUAUCAUUGUCAUGGUGAUAAAGGCCUUGGUGGUUCACUUCCUGCUGAAAGAUGAUGAGAAAAAUAAAGAGUGCCUGGUGAGCUCCUCAGGGAAUGAUAAUACAGAAAAUGGACUUUCAGGAGCCAAAGCUGACAACAAAGGGACACCAAAGGCAUGAGCAAAAUGCAAAGUAUGUCUGUAUGUUUGUAUAUAUGUUAGACAAAUGUACACGUUCAGAGAAAAUGCUGUUAUCGAUGGACUGUUUUAUCUUACUAGUGGCUAAACAUGUAAAUGUAUAUUUUAAAUCAUGCUUGAGAUUUGAGAAGUGUGAAAUGUGCAUAGGCCUGGAUCAUUCUCACCUUCAUGGCAGGCCAUUUGUUACAGAGUACAGCCUCUGUUAUCAAACUCUGCUCUCGAUUUUACAAACACUUAUUCUAUAGAUAUCUAUCCCUUAUAUGUUACACUUAUUACCUAAGUUUAGAGGGAGAAAUUUUCACAAAGCAGAACCUCAGUUGUCUUAAGCAAUUUUUAUACACCAAAUUUCAAAAAUAAACUGCCACUCUGAAAUACAUUUAUCAGGCUCAAGUUAACAAGCUGCCUUUGAUUCUUGGUUUGGAAUUCAUGUGGCCAUAAUCCACAGAUCUGUGUCAAACUUGGACCCCGACAAACCUGAUCAGUGGGAACACACUCACUCACUUUGAUGCCAUGAUGGAUUGCCAUAAUCCAUGAACUGCCAUGAUGUCAACUGAAGAACAGCACAAACUGCUGAAAUGGUUCUCCUUGACCCCCACUUAAGACUAAAGCAAAUCCGCAUGUAAACCCAAACCAGAGGACCAUUCAACAAGGGUUUUGUUUACAAGUAUAAGCAAACAGUUUUUUGGUAAUUUAAUUAAAACAGGUAUAUGUACAUAU